GGACAACUGGGAAGACGGGAAUCCUGCUUCUUGGGGAACUAGUCCACAAUAUCAGCCUGGAAGUUCUCCUUCACGAGCGUACGAAGCGCCUACUCCUGGUUCUGGUUGGACAAAUGCUCCAAAUAACAAUUACAACGAUGCGGGCACGCCUAGGGAUAGUGGUUCUGCCUAUGCAAAUGCUCCAAGCCCGUACUUGCCGUCCACACCUGGUGGGCAGCCACCAAUGACGCCAAGUUCGGCAUACUUGCCCGGUACUCCUGGUGGGCAACCAAUGACACCUGAAAGUGGUGGUUUGGAUAUGAUGUCACCAGUUGUAGGUGGGGACAAUGAAGGCCCCUGGUUCCUCCCAGAAAUUUUGGUCAAUGUUCGUAGGGCUGGUGAAGAUAGCUCGCUGGGUGUUAUAAAAGAUGUUCUGCCG